GAGAAGAAGAAAAAAUGGAAUAUGAAACUUUAAAGAUAUUGGGACAUGUAAAUUCCAAUGCUACAGGAUUUCAAUUACUCUCUUCAACUACGAUAUCCACUACUUGUAACCAUGUGUCUGUAAUUGAUGGCCACACUGAAUGUGUUACAAUAAAAUUUAAAAACAAACCUCCACCUACACCAGAACAAGUCACUGAAGUAUUAGAUUCUUAUAUUUCUGAGGCACAAAAAAUAGGUUGUUAUUCUUCACCAGAGAAAGCUAUCAUUGUGGACAGUAGUGAUGAUCGCCCACAACCAAGAUUAGAUAGAGAUAAUGGUAAUGGGUAUAGUAUUACUGUGGGUAGAGUUAGGAAAUGUAAUGUGUUGGAUAUUAAAUUCACGCUACUGGUACAUAAUACAAUUUUAGGUGCUGCAGGAAGUGGUAUUUUAAAUGCAGAAAUUGCUAUUGCUAUGG